AUGCGCCAUUUCCUCAAACUCUUUAACCCCUUCCACCCACGCGUUUGGCUGCAUCCUCGCUAUGCUUCCUCGCUUGCGCUUCUGCACCCUCCAUUUUCUAUCCACCCAAACCCGGCCCUAUUCUCAAGGAAUCUCGACCCAUCUAUUACUUAUUCCUCUCCAGUGCACAGACCCACUUGCCUUCUGGUGAAAUUCAACCUUUUCUUAGAAGAAUCGGGUGAUAAGAAUGAAACUCUAGAUCACUGGGUUAUAGAGGUUCUUAGUCUGAUUAUAUUUACAGGAACUGCCACUGAGUUGAUCCAGCAAGCGAAACGUAAACAGCUAGCUCCAACUGCCUAUUUUGUUCAUAAUAUGCUUGAAGUUAACUCUGAACUGAAGCAAUUAGUGAAACAGGGACAACUUUGUAAAGCUAGGAAUAUGUUUGAGAAAAUUGAUCACAGAGAUGAGGUUUCGUGGACUACAUUACUAGGUGGUUAUGUCAAUGCCUCAGAUCCAUAUGAAGCGUUGUUCUUGUUCUCAAAUAUGUGGGUCCAACCUGGACUUCAAAGGGACCAAUUCAUGAUUAGUGUUGCACUCAAGGCUUGUGGACUUGGUCUCCAUAUUUGUCUUGGUGAAUUAUUACAUGGAUUUUCAGUGAAAUCUGGUUUGAUAAACUCAGUGUUUGUCAGCAGUGCCCUAAUAGAUAUGUACAUGAAAGUAGGCAAAAUAGAACAAGGCUGCAGAGUCUUCGAAAAAAUGACGGUAAAAAAUGUGGUGUCAUGGACUGCCAUUAUUGCGGGGCUUGUACAUGCUGGUUACAAUAUGGAGGGAUUGUUGUACUUUUCUGAAAUGUGGAGAUCAAAAGUAGGCUAUGAUUCACAUACGUUUGCCAUUGCUCUAAAAGCAUCUGCUGAUUCAAGUUUGUUACAUCAUGGGAAAGCAAUACACACACAAACAAUAAAACAAGGAUUUGAUGAGAGCUCAUUUGUGAUUAAUACUCUGGCAACCAUGUAUAACAAAUGUGGAAAACCAGACUAUGUCUUGCGAUUGUUUGAAAAAAUGAGGAUGCCAGAUGUAGUUUCAUGGACAACCCUUAUUACGACUUAUGUACAGAUGGGUGAAGAAGAACAUGCAGUGAAAGUAUUUAAAAGAAUGAGAAAAUCAGAUGUCAGUCCUAAUAAAUUCACUUUUGCAGCCAUAAUUUCUGCCUGUGCAAAUCUUGCUAUUGCUACAUGGGGGGAACAGAUACAUGGCCAUGUAUUGCGUCUAGGUUUGGUUGAUGCUUUGUCAGUGUCAAAUUCCAUCAUUACUCUUUAUUCAAAAUGUGGGAUGUUGACUUCAGCUUCAUUAGUGUUUCAUGGUAUAACUAGAAAAGAUAUUAUAUCUUGGAGCACUAUAAUUGCUGUUUAUUCUCAAGGAGGUUAUGCAAAAGAAGCUUUUGACUAUCUGUCAUGGAUGAGAAUGGAAGGGCCAAGACCAAAUGAAUUUGCUAUUUCUAGCAUACUGAGUGUUUGUGGGAGCAUGGCACUUCUUGAGCAAGGGAAGCAGCUGCAUGCUCAUGUACUGUGCAUUGGCCUAGAUCAUGAAGCCAUGGUUCAUAGUGCUCUUAUUAGUAUGUAUUCAAAAUGCGGAAGUGUACAAGAAGCAUCAAAAAUCUUUAACGGUAUGAAAAUGAAUGACAUUAUAUCAUGGACAGCCAUGAUUAAUGGAUACGCCGAACAUGGUUAUAGCCAAGAGGCUAUUAACUUGUUUGAGAAGAUUUCCAGUGUUGGUUUAAUGCCAGACUAUGUGACAUUCAUCGGGGUUCUGACAGCAUGUAGCCAUGCUGGAAUGGUUGAUCUUGGUUUCUACUAUUUUCUGAAAAUGACUAAUGAGUACCAGAUCAGUCCUUCAAAAGAACAUUAUGGUUGCAUCAUUGAUCUUCUCUGCAGAGCAGGGCAAUUGAGUGAAGCUGAGCACAUCAUACGAAGUAUGCCAUUCCAUACUGAUGACGUUGUGUGGUCUACCUUACUUAGAGCAUGCAGAGAGAAUGGGGAUGUUGACCGUGGAAGAUGGACAGCUGAACAGUUGCUUCGGUUGGAUCCAAAUUCAGCUGGAACUCAUAUUACUCUGGCUAACAUAUAUGCUGCCAAGGGGAGAUGGAAGGAAGUUUCAGAUAUAAGAAAGUUAAUGAAGUCAAAGGGAGUAAUAAAGGAACGAGGAUGGUCUUGGAUUAAUGUCAAUGAUCAAUUAAAUACUUUUGUUGCUGGAGAUCAGGCUCAUCCACAUAGUGAACAUAUAACGACCAUUCUGGAGUUAUUGAGUGCAAAUAUAGGAGAUGCUAGGCAGGAAAUAAGAUUUCUUCAUGAAGAUGUUGAGGAUUAG